UUUUGCGACAGCAUGACGCAAGCAGGUUUUGGCGGGAAAAGCUGUGCAUUUGGAUUCCUGUGGCAGCUGGCAAAGGACUGCUUGGUGAGAAGGGCGUCCUGAACGGUGGGAAAGAACUCCAGCAAAGGACCCAGAGGGGUUGAUUAGUGCGGGCUGGCAUGGUGAGGGAGUGGCCCAGAUGAGCGGAGAGGUGGGAGGGCCGCCCGGAGUGCGGGCUGGAACCGGUGGUCUGCGGCUCUCCAGCGUACAGGGACCAGAGCUUUUUUUGCUGUGCUUGGAGUCAUGGCAGUGCCUUUUGUGGAAGACUGGGAUUUGGUGCAAACUUUGGGAGAAGGCGCCUAUGGAGAAGUUCAACUUGCUGUGAAUAGAAUAACUGAAGAAGCUGUUGCAGUGAAAAUUGUAGACAUGAAGCGGGCCAUAGACUGCCCAGAAAAUAUUAAGAAAGAGAUCUGCAUCAAUAAGAUGUUAAAUCAUGAGAAUGUAGUGAAAUUCUAUGGCCACAGGAGGGAAGGCAACAUCCAGUACCUGUUUCUGGAGUACUGUAGUGGAGGAGAACUCUUUGAUAGAAUAGAGCCAGACAUAGGGAUGCCUGAACAAGAUGCUCAGAGGUUCUUCCAUCAGCUCAUGGCGGGGGUGGUUUAUCUUCAUGGCAUUGGAAUAACUCACAGGGAUAUUAAACCAGAAAACCUCCUCUUGGAUGAAAGGGAUAAUCUCAAAAUCUCUGACUUUGGCUUGGCAACAGUGUUUCGGCAUAAUAAUCGUGAGCGCUUACUGAACAAGAUGUGUGGGACUUUACCUUAUGUCGCUCCAGAGCUUCUAAAGAGGAAAGAAUUUCACGCAGAACCAGUUGAUGUUUGGUCCUGUGGAAUAGUGCUUACUGCAAUGUUGGCUGGAGAAUUGCCUUGGGACCAGCCCAGUGAUAGCUGUCAAGAAUAUUCUGAUUGGAAAGAAAAGAAAACCUAUCUCAAUCCUUGGAAAAAAAUUGAUUCUGCUCCUCUGGCUUUGCUUCAUAAAAUUCUAGUUGAGAAUCCAUCAGCAAGGAUCACCAUCCCAGACAUUAAAAAAGAUAGAUGGUACAACAAACCACUUAACAGAGGAGCGAAGAGGCCACGUGCUACUUCAGGUGGUGUGUCAGAGUCUUCUAGUGGAUUCUCUAAGCACAUUCAUUCUAAUUUGGACUUUUCUCCAAUAAAUAGUGGUUCCAGUGAAGAAAACGUGAAGUUUUCUAGUUCCCAGCCAGAGCCUCGGACAGGGCUUUCCUUGUGGGACACCGGCCCCUCGAAUGUGGACAAACUGGUGCAAGGCAUCAGUUUUUCCCAGCCUACGUGUCCUGAUCAUAUGCUUGUAAACAGUCAGCUACUUGGUACCCCUGGAUCUUCACAGAACCCAUGGCAGCGCUUGGUCAAAAGGAUGACACGAUUCUUCACUAAAUUGGAUGCAGACAAAUCUUACCAAUGCCUGAAAGAGACCUUUGAGAAGUUGGGCUAUCAGUGGAAGAAGAGUUGUAUGAAUCAGGUUACUGUAUCAACAAUGGAUAGAAGAAACAAUAAGUUGAUUUUCAAAAUAAAUUUGGUAGAAAUGGAUGAGAAGAUACUGGUUGACUUCCGGCUUUCUAAGGGUGAUGGGUUAGAGUUCAAGAGACACUUCCUGAAGAUUAAAGGGAAGCUCAGCGAUAUUGUGAGCAGCCAGAAGGUUUGGUUCCCUGUUACGUGACGAAGCCGUCAGCUCUGCACAUCCCUGGGGAAUCCAGUGCUGCUGCUGUGGGACAUUUUUCUUCCUAGAGGAGGUUAUCUUAUUCUGCAAACUGCAAACAGUAGUUGUCGAAGAGCUCUGUGCCCAUUACCCAAACAUCUUCCAGUUCCUAGUAUGUUUUGCGUACAAAUCCUACUGUAUCUUGAUUGUAUGUAAUACUUUGGGGAAAGGAUGGAUCAAAUUCAUUAGGUAUUUCUCCAGCUGUGUUUAAAUUGUCUGAAUUUGAAACCGAGUUUUGGGAUGCUUGAGUUUUCCAGCUUUUAUACCAAUGUAGUAUCACUUUUGAACAGCCAAAAGUUUGUUUCAUCCCAAGCAAACUCUUCUUUCUCUGCCUGUUUAGUUGUAAGGAUGAAUAAACACAGACCAUGUAUAGUUGAUUGGUUCGUGAGUGAGGCCAGCCACAGAAAGUAUGUAUGCACGUACUGUACUUUCAGCUUGGGUGUACGCUGCACAAGGCCUUGACCAAUUAUAAACUGUUUUGAGUUAGAAUUGCCCUGCCCCGCC